AUGUCAACCCCCCAACCGCCACCGCCGCCUUCCGGCUCCCCAACCUCCUCCGACACUCUCCCCCGCACUCCCUCCCCAAAGUCGCCUUCCAUCUCCGCGCCACCACAGACCCUCAACUUCCAACCGCCCGGCAUAAUCAUCACCUCCGCCCCUGAGGAACCUUUCAUCCGCUCUGCCGCCCCCUCGCCAUCCUCUUCGCGCUUCGCUGCUGAGGAACGAAGUCGUCGAUCUGCGGCGCCGUCGCCGGAGGAACGGUCUCUGAAGACGCCGUCGCCGUCGCCGUCGCCGUCGUUGACUGGGGCUGUUGUUGCUGGCCCAAGUCAGGGCAGUCGGUCACGGUCGUCGUCUAUUCUCGGCGCCGGUGUGCCGCCCCUGAUACCAGGGGCUGGUAAUGGAUAUUCUGCUGCCGGUGUUAGUGGCAGCAUGCCGCCUCCGCCGGCACCGACAUUGAUACCCGACCCCCCCGGCUCCACGCGCUUAGCAGCGUUCCCGAGAACAAGAUUUUCCUCGCACCAUGUCGAAUUCGAAGGGCGCCCCCCGCAGCAGCCCGAACUGCUGGCAACCCCGCUGUCCUCCUACUUCGAGGGCAGACACACCGUGGACCCGGCAUCGAUCGCGGAUUCGGGACGCAGCAGCAGCAGCAGCAGUCGCCCAUACAGCAGAAACGCAGCGAUGGUGAUCCCGCAAUUAUCCGGUCCGGCAUCGCAACACGGCGGCGAUCCGUCGAGCUCGGGUUUCCAGCGCUCUGGCCCGGUUGUUGGCACGGGGACUGGGCAGAAUGAAGAUGCGGUGCCGAGACGGCGUGGGAGGUCCGCUUUUGAGCGGGUUCAGGAUUUCAUGCGAGGCGCUUGCAUGCCUAUUGCAGGGCGGAAGAGGGGGCAUGAGGAGAUGGAGGACGGCUGGGCGUUGACGGGUAUGGUUGGGGACGGGGUUGGAAAUGGGUUUGGAAAUGGGCUCGGAAAUGGGAAUGCGAAUGGGUUUGGAAAUGAGAAUGGGUUUGUAAAUGCGAAUGGGUUUGGGAAUGGGUUUGGAAAUGGGAAUGAGAAUGGGAAUGAGAAUGGGGUUGACGGGUAUUUCCAUGAGGAAGAUGGAGACGUCGACAUGGAUGGGGCCAAUGCCAUGGCCACCGACGAUGCUGUGCAUGGGGAUGAUGCCAUGGAUGGGGCCAAUGCCAUGGCCACCGACGAUGCUGUGCAUGGGGAUGAUGCCAUGGAUGGAGACGCCACUAUCCACGGGGCUACCAUGGAUGCCGUAGAAACCGGCACCGAACACACCGAACCCCAAAACGGCUACGAAGACCACGACGAAGCCCUUGCAACCGCACCAAGGCAGCUCGCGGAUCCGAUCACGAUGUCGCGGAGGAAUGCGAGCACGCAGGGAAGCUCGCCAGCUGAAAGGUCGCAGACGAGCGUAGUCGUCAGCAGUGAAGCGCCUACAUUGAAGGGUUUUGCUCGUCUUGCUCAUCGUGCUCGUAUUAGUCGUCUUGCUCAACUUAUUCGCAUUGAUCGUCUUUCUCGCCUUGCUCGUGCUGCUCUUUAUUGGUUGCCGUUCUUCGGCAUUCACCAUGUCUUCAUGAUCACCAUAUCCAUCUCUAUCAUCUUCCUCUCCAUCCUUGUCGCCGGGUGCACAACUACAGGCCUCAAAGAUGUAUACCUUCUCUCCCUCUCUUACCAACCCGCCCCUCCGUCCUCCCCCCCCGCAUCGCAGCUGAGCCCAUCCCUCUCCACCACCUUCGCCAACCUAGCUGGCAACUCCACAACACUCCAGGUCCGCGCCGGCUACAUUGGGAUGUGCAUCAGCGCCGCGCCAGGGAACUGGACUUGUUCGCGCGACGCCGAUGCACUGGCUCGCGCCCUGAAUGGGACCCGGAGUGGAAGCAGCCCGGACCCACUGAACAUCCUCUGGAUCGCCAAGACCUUCCGCGACACCAUCGUCUUCGAUGGGCUCAUAUUUGCCUCCAUCGCGCUCAUGGUCAUCAGCCUCAUCCUACUAGUGACCUAUCCUCAAUGGCAUACUAGUGAGGACGACGACGGGUCUGAGGUCGAAGUGCGACCUUUUCCGUCGCGCGCUGUGUCGAAGAUAACGCUUGUAGCGAUUUUAAUCGCGGCAAUCCUCAUGAUGAUCUCGAUACUCUGGCAGCACGUGGCGACGGCAACGGCGUCGAGUAUGGGCGGGAGCUUGGCGUAUGGAGCCGUGAGGGGCGGGGUGGGCGCGGCGGCUAUGGUGCUGGGAUGGGGGGGGGGAUUUCUGGUUGUCGUUGCGAUGUUGGGGAUCUUGGUUAUGGUUUUGAGUAUUCAGACUAUUCAAGCCAUAGAAUAUUGAUGACGUGGUGCCAGGCAAAGCGCUGUAAAAAUGGGCGUAAAAGGCUAAUAGACCGUGUAGUGUAGAAUAUUAUUCUAUACAUAGCGUAUUAUGGUAUUCUUGUUUUAGAGCUCGCCUUGGCAUCUCUUUUCCGUAGACCUAAAG